GUCUGCCCGGUCAUCGCGUCAAACUCGAUCCCCGUCCACCGCGCACGCCGCCGAGGCACCCCGCGCCCGCACGGCGGCCGCAGGGCUUUUAACGCGCUGCCGCUGUUCGGCGUGCGCGUGUCCCUCGCCGAGCGCGGCCGCGCCGUCUGCUCGCUCCGCGUGCCCGCCCGCCUCACGGACGCGGACGGGAACUGGCACGCGGGGGCUAUCGCGGCGGCGGUGGACGACGUGUGCGCGGCGGCGAUCAUGUCGGUGGAGGGCAUCAUCAAGGUCUCCGUCCACUACGACAUCUCCUACUUCGCGCCGGCCAAGCACCAUGAGGAAGUGGAGAUGGACGGGAGGGUGGUCGACCGGAAAGGGAGGAUGACGGCGGUGACCACGGAGGUCCGGAAGAAGGAGUCCGGCGCGCUGGUGGCGGUCGGCCGGCAGUGGAUGACCACCUCCAGACCAAAGGGAUAUCAAGGGAGCAAGCUAUGUCGAGCUGAUCUUAUAUCGUGCUCCUACGGGUACAACAAGGCUAUAGCUGUGGAGGAGCAAGGAAGCGUCCAAGGUCACAAAUCAAGCACACGCAACACACACACACACACACACACACACACGCACAUGGACGACGGGGCGGCGGAGGCCGAAGCGCUGCGGCUCCGGCUGGCCGCCGUCGCCAGGAAGUGGCUGGAGGACCCGCGCGCGGACUACGCCGGCAAAAUCACCGACGCGGCCAGCCAAAAGGGGCACGCGCUCAACUCGCUGGUGCUGGCCGGCGCACGCAUCUCCCUCUCCGAGCACGGCCGCGUCGUGUGCUCGUUCCACGUGCCGCCGCCGCUCACCGACUCUGACGGGACGUGGCACGCGGGGGCGCUGGCGGCGGCGGUGGACAACAUGUGCUCGGCGGUGGUCUUCACGGUGGUGGGCGCGCCCACGUCCACCGUCCACUACGGCCUGUCCUACUUCUCGCCCGUCGCGUGCAACGAGGAGGUUCAGUUGGACGGGCGGGUGGUGGGCCGGAAAGGGAAGCUCACGGCCGCCGUGGUGCGGGUGCGGAAGAUGGGAUCCGGCGAGCUGGUGGCGAUAGGGAGGCAGUGGAUGACCCCUGCCUGGCCAACGAAGAGCAACAAAAGUAGGAGCAAGCUCUGACACAAGUUAAAAUGUCGUCCGAUCGAUGAUUUCAGAUUUGAGCAUCUCCGUUCAACAUAAUAAAACAAAAGAAAAUCCAUUUUACUAA